AUGUAUCUCCCAAAGUUCACACCGGUGCAGAGCCGAUUCGCAGCCUCAGUCGGUGCCACAAUCUUCUUGCUGUUCUUGCUGUACAGUCUCAACCAUCCGGCCGUCGCAUAUGCCGAAGCCACAGGCGCCACGAGACCCGAGGCGGGCCCCAACAUCCUUGGCCGUCAAGAGGAGGGCCAGACGCCUUUAGUAUUGGGCAACAAUGCACCCAUGAGCCAGCCUAUAGUUGCGGGACAGAUUCAAUUCUGGAGAGUUGAUAAGAACACAAUUGACGGUCCUGCUGGUCGACAAGGACUGCAAUUACCCAGUUCGACAGGGGACAACAGCAGUGCGCCAGCAGCAGACGACGAGGAAAGAGAAGGGCUCAGAAAGCGGCAGGCAGGAAAGACCAUUUAUAUCACGGUCACCACUUGCGGGCAACCAGUCUAUAAUGGCUCGGAAUCCGAGUCGGACGAAGCGGUCCCUCCUCAGCUGUCCGUCUAUGCGUCUCAAUCUCCCGACAAUACAAGACCUGGUCCAGACUCUGACGACGAGCAAGAAAGCGUGGUGCUGGAUGGAGGCUAUGGCUUGAUUGAACUAGACGACGAUGAGACGGUCAUGAUAGGCGUUUCCGCACCCAACACUACGCUUUUCACCGGUGAAUGGAAUUAUCAAAUUGCAGUUUCGAUCGAUGCACCAUUCCACAGGUCGCUUUCGCAAACUCCAAAUCUACAUUUCGUAGAUGCCGACACUCGAGCAGCAUUGCUAAUCACUGAUGAUCUGACGACUGCUCAGUCGAACGAGUCAUCUUUUGCGGACUGGAUGGCCUUGGACCCUCCGCCGUAUGGAAUGUUCGUCUACCCAGCAAGUUUGCGGUCCAUUGGAGGGGUACAAAACUCAUAUUGUGGGUUGCGAAUGUUACAAGGUGGCUUGUUCACCAAUUUGGAGAACUCUGUCAAUCAGAAUAUCGCAGUCACGACAGACCGUGGCCUCGGUGGCAAGCCAAAGGAACAAUUCUAUGUGACUGGGCUGAAUGCCUCGAGCGAGUAUGUCGGCAUCCUUGCACAGCAGCCGCGAUUAGCAAAUGCAUCGCUCUCGAGCGACAUCGGAAGUGGUGGCACAGUCUGGCGGUCUGUCCAGUUCAGCACCAAGUCAAUGGACAACUGUGCCUUGAUGUACAACCUGACUUUCUGCUCCGAAGUUGCGUAUGCUGUGCCAACAAAUCCAGAACGAUUCUCAACCAGGGACGGGCUGCCAGAGCUGGCACAAAUAUACGACAAUUACGCGCAGAGCAUGUAUCAGUACUUCAACUACUCUCUUCAACAAAUCCCUUGCAAUACCAGCGAGACCUCCGCUUACAGUCUUGUACGCGACUGCGACUCUUGCGCACGAGCAUACAAAACAUGGCUUUGUGCAGUCACCAUUCCACGCUGUGAGGACUACACGAAUCCUGCCGCCUGGCUGAAGCCGCGUAAUGUUGGACAGCCGUUUCCAAAUGGGUCCACUACCUCUAUUGUCCCCGGCUUCGCUGAAUCACAGCAGAUCUUGGCCCAGGCUGUUGCUACCAACUCUUCUCGGAGUCUGGUCAUAGAUGAGCAGAUCUCGCCUGGACCUUACAAGGAAGUGCUGCCGUGCAAGGAUCUUUGCUACGAUCUUGUGCAGUCUUGUCCUGCUGCACUGCAAUUUAGUUGCCCAACACCAGGCAAGGGCUUGGAAGAUAGCUACGGUGAGAGAAGCGACAACUCCGGCAAUCUUAGCUGCAGCUAUCUCGGAGCAGCCUUCUUCCUAAGUGCCUCGCCGACUAUUCACGUUCCUUGGGGGUUAUUUGCCCUUGCAACCCUCAGCGCUUUGCUCUUGCUAUUCGCCUAA